AUGUUCACUGAGUUGCUGAACCAUAUGGUCAAAUUCUAUAAUGAAAUCAGCAAUGACAGUUCAGUUUCCAAACCUGACUCACUGCAACAGGGAUGUACACUUUCUUCCUCUCUUUGGUUUUCUUUUUUCUUUCCUUCUUCUUCUUUACACAAUUCAGCUUAUAACAGAACUAUACACUUUCUUCUCUGGUUUUCCUUUUUCUUUCUUUACACAAUUCAACUUGUAACAGAGAUAUAUACUUUCUUCCUCUCUGGAUAUCCUUUUUCUUUUCUUUACACAAUUCAACUUAUAACAGAGGCUAAUAUAUCAGAUCUAUCUAUCGCAUUCUGUUCACAUCUAUCUAUCAAUUCAUAUCUAUCCGUACAUAUUUAUCUAUCAACACAUAUCUAUCAGCACAUCUAUCAGCUCAUAUCUGUCUAUCUAUCUAUCUAUUGCAAUCUCUUUAUAUCUGUCUAUUGUAAUCUGUUCAUAUCUAUCUAUUCAUAUCUAUCUAUCAGAACAUAUCUAUCUAUCUUGCUGCAAUCAGUUCACAUCUAUCUAUCCAUCUAUUUCAGUCUGUUUACAUAUAUCUAUCUUAGUCAGUUCAUAUCUAUCUAUCUAUCUAUCUAUCUAUCUAUCUAUCUCAUUGUUGGAAUAUCUAAUUUUUUCUUUCUCUCUCAAUAA